GGUAAAGCAUAGAAAAUACCUUAGUGCACUUUAUAGCAUUCAUUACCAACUUUGUUACCACAAAACAUCUGAAUAACCGACGAUGAAAGUAGAGAGUUUUUUUCAAACAGUGCUAGUAAUAGCAGGAGUGAUCUUACUGAAAAUUAAUCAAGUGCAUUCAAUUGUUGGUGGUCGUACUGCAAUGCCGGGAACUGCGCCGUACAUCGUAGCGGUGCGAGAAGGCUCGGUGUUCAUUUGUGCUGGGGUAUUGAUCAAAUCCAAUUGGGUCCUCACCACAGCUCAAUGUGUCAACGAGAAAAAUCUAGCAGAUCUAACCAUACUGGCUGGUUCCCAUCGCCUACUGACGAACAAAAAAAAUAUUCUUAUUAGUGAGAUUGUAAAACAUACGGAAUAUAACACUACGUCGGGUGCUCAUAAUCUAGCGCUUCUGAAACUCGCUGCACCUGUAACACGUUCGUCUCGUAUUAAUAUAAUUUCACUUAAUGAUGUAACUGUUGCAUCACGAAUAGUGACAAAUUUGUUUGGUUGGGGAUCCCUUGCUUACGCUAGUACGUCGUACUCAAACAUCUUGCAGAACUUAGUCCAACGAACCUUAUCAACAACUGACUGUCGCCCAUGGAUUGCGAAUCUUGCGGAUGGUGAUAUUUGCGCUUUGAUACAGCCUGGCCAAGCGGCAUGUACGAGGGAUGAAGGAGGACCUUUAGUAAAUUAUCAAACAAACACACUUCUUGGAAUUUAUAGCUACGGUACACAAUGUAGCGGAAGGGUACCGGAUGUAUUUGUUGAUGUAUACAGUCACAAAACGUGGAUUGAUGCUACUGCCGUAUAAAAAAAAGCCAAAUGUAUUAAAAUGAAACCGCAAUACUAAAAAUAUAUAAUUUCGAACGUGAAAUUUGAUAUUUGCUAACAAAUUUCUUGUCUAGUGUCCAUUUCUUGUUACGAAGACACGGAAAUUUACGGAAUUAUUAUACGAAAAACACCUAUGUCUUGGGCGAAUUGACCCGAGAGUGAAUGUUAUAAGACAACCACUCUUUAGAGUUCAGGUGAGUUGCUCUACCGACUAGAUUGUAGGGGUAUUGCAAGCCCAAUGUAGUAUAUUGCAGUAAAUGGUAAAUAAUUGAAUGAACAGAAUCUGAACAUUAGUCAGGAAAAAAGGUGUUCGUGAUUGUCAACAAGUAAAAUGUUUGUUCGCAAACAAAUAUAUUUUAUUUAGUGAGUCUACGGAAAACUUUCACUUAAUACCUUAGCACUUUCAUUUAAUACCGGUAGUUUAAUGAGUUUUACUUCUUCUUCUUGACGUAACGACCAUGUUAGUAAUAGCCAGUGGAUAGUCAGUUCUCUCGUACAGGGUCCGGACUCGGUUGGGAUUUGAACCCACGCCGUCGAGGUGGUGAGCCUCGGCGAUUAUAGGCCGAUUUUUAACCGGCGCUAUCGCUCGGCUCUCGCAGACCUCCGUGUAGUUUAAUGAGUUAACUGUGAUCAAAUUAGUUCGAACGAAAAAAGCUACAAAGUGUGUUUUUGAAGUGUGUUCGACCGAUGGAGAUCUUCUUUGUCCUUGAUAUCCUUGUUUGGUGGAAUCAUGUGUUAUAUGUAAAUACCAGUUUCAGUUGCUGUACAUUUUGCACAUCAUCAUUGGCCUUCUGCAGAUUUUUGUUUCUCAUUAGCUUAGUUUCUAGCUUAGCAUUAGUUUCUCAGAUGUUUGUACUGACGACGAACAUUCUUGUACUCACAAAAAUCUAAGUUUUAAUAAAAUUGGUAUCAAUAACGAUAUCUUACAUUUUAAAUCUGUAGAUGUGAUAUGAUCCCACAGAGCAAUAAACAUACGCAACACACCUGCAUUCAAAAAUUACGUCCAAAAGAGAAUACGAGAAGUCUUUUAGAAAUUGGUAAUGAGUUGAUUGACAAUGCUGUAUAUAAUUUGGUACAUUUUAAUUUAAAAAACUAUUUAAAAAACCAUUAUUAGCUUAACUUAGUUUACACAAAAUUUUGUUUAUUCUUGCACAGAGUAAAGAGAAGAUAAUAAAUGGCCAAAUAAAUCGAUUAUGAUUCAUACUUUUCUUACUUU